AUGAAUGAGAUUCUUGUUCUUGCUCUUGUUUUGCUCCAGAUUUGUGCUCAGUUUGCAACUUCUGGUUCACCUGUUCACCGCCUUCCUGGUUUUGAAGGCCCUCUUCCUUUUCAUCUCGAAACUGGGUAUGUGGGAGUGGGAGACUCAGAAAAAGGAGGACAAGUGUUCUAUUAUUUCAUUGAGUCAGAGAACAAUCCACAGGAGGACCCUCUUAUGCUUUGGCUCACUGGUGGCCCUGGUUGCUCUUCAUUUUCAGGCCUCAUUUUUGAAAUAGGUCCGAUCGCAUUCAAAGUUGAGAAAUACAAUGGUACCCUCCCAAAAUUGGUUCGGAGGCCUCAAGCGUGGACAAAGGCAUGCAGCAUAAUUUUUGUAGAUUUGCCUAUUGGCAGUGGCUUCUCCUAUGCAAAUACCCCUUAUCUUCAACGAGGUGACUGGACUUUAGUUAACCAUGCCCAUCAAUUUAUUAGAAAGUGGCUCAUUGAUCAUCCCAGAUUUUUGUCACAUCAAGUUUAUAUUGGCGGUGACUCGUAUUCUGGCAUUCCCGUUCCUGCUAUGGUUCAAAAAAUUUCAAAUGGAAAUGAGAAGGGUAUCCAGCCAUGGAUAAAUCUCCAGGGAUAUGUGCUAGGAAAUCCCCUCACAACAAUGGAAGAAGAAAAUUAUUUGCCCUCAUUUGCUCAUGGAAUGGCGCUUAUUUCUGAUGAACUUUAUAUGUCGUUGAAGAAAAAUUGUAAAGGAAAUUAUAUAAAUAUAGAUCCAGAAAAUAAAUCAUGUCUGAGAGACUUCAACAUUUUACACGAGCUCAUUUCAGGACUUAGUGAAUAUGACACUUUAAAUCCCAAAUGUGAAAUGGCUUUGAAUACGCCUCAUGGAUUUUUCAGUAGAAGAUCUCUGAUCAACAAAUUUCGAACGACCCUAAUUAGUUCUCGCCUUGCAAGGCCACCUUUAAGUUGCCAAAGUUAUGUAUAUUUUCUCGGCUACGAUUGGAUUCAGGAUAACAAAGUUCAGGAGGCACUACAUAUUCGAAAGGGCAGCAAAAGGAAUUGGCAACGUUGUAAUCCCUUCGAUUAUAGUUACGACAUCACCAGUGCCUUUCCAUAUCAUGCAAAUCUAAGCCCAAAAGGCUUUAGAUCUUUGAUUUACAAUGGAGAUCAUGACCCAAUAGUUCCAUUUAUGUCGACUCAAGCAUGGAUCAGAGAUUUAAACUACUCCAUUGUUGAAGACUGGAGACCUUGGCUUGUUAAUGGCCAGGUUGCAGGAUAUACGAGAAGGUAUUCUAAUAAGAUGACAUUUGCCACUGUAAAGGGUGCUGGACAUAUAACUCCGGAGUACAAGCCUGAAGAAUCUUUUGCGAUGUUCAUUAGGUGGAUAUCUAAUACGCCUUUGUGGCCAACUGGAGCGAGAAUUAAAGAUGUGCUUUGGAAAGUUUUUCACCUAUCUCUAGAAGGAAAAGCCAAAGAGUGGUAUAUGAAUCUGCCCUUGUAUGUGGACAACCCAUAUGAAUCUUGGACUACACUGAGGAGAGCUUUUCUUGACAAAUAUUUCCCAUCUACUAAGAUCUCUACUGCUAGAAAGGAGAUAUCUGCUGCUAAGCAAGAGGAAAGAAAAACUUUCUUCCAAUUCUGGAGCCAAUUCCAUGAUAUGCUAACUAAGUGCUCGAACCACCAGAUUAUUGAGGAGCACCUUGUUCACUAUUUCUAUAAUGGGUUGUUUCCACAUGAUGCUAAAGUGUUAGAUGCUACAGCUAAUGGAUCAGUUGAGUUAAUGAAGCCACAAGCUGCUUAG